CCCUGGUCUGGAGGCUCCAACUCAUGUAGUAAUAGCAAUUAUCUGUUGUGUUUGCAGAAGGUAAAACAUGCCAUAGUCAGCCUGAGCAGUUCUCACAACAGCUAGAGAUAACACUGUCUCAUGAUCAUUGUACCUUUGCUCUUUCUCUGCAUGUCACAGCAUUCUCUCUUUCUCUGACUUUAGCUGAAGACUUUUAAUCAACAAGAAAAAACUAGUAUUAAAUAAAUAUGCUGGUUAAUUUUAGGUCUCUGUUCAAUGUGGGGCAUGCAAACAGGAUCCGCAAACAUCUGGUGCAAUGUCUUUGUUCCAGGCACGGGCAACCUACAGAAUCUCCCAUUCAGCUGAAAGGCCGUGACCUUCUAACGUUACAGAAUUAUAAAGCUGAGGAAAUUAAAUAUUUGCUUUGGGUGGCAUCAGAUUUGAAAGAGAGAAUCAAACACAAAAAGGAGCAUUUGCCUUUGCUGCAAGGAAAAUCCUUAGCAAUGAUUUUUGAAAAAAGAAGCACAAGGACUAGAAUAUCUACAGAGACAGGAUUUGCUCUUCUUGGAGGUCAUCCCUGUUUCCUCACACUACAAGAUAUCCACCUGGGCAUUAAUGAGAGCAUUACGAACACAGCACGAGUAUUGUCAACCAUGACAGAUGCAAUCCUAGCACGAGUCUAUAAACAGGGUGAUCUAGAGAUGUUGGCACAAGAGGCCACAAUUCCUGUGAUAAAUGGACUGUCAGAUUCUGACCAUCCUAUCCAGAUUUUGGCUGAUUACCUUACACUUCAGGGUUUUGAGCCAGAUCCCAUUGUGAUUCAAAUAGCACAAGCUUAUUCCAGAAAGUACUGCACCAAACUGUUUAUCACCACCAAUCCUCUUGAAGCUGCCAAUGGAGCUAAUGUUUUGAUCACAGACACAUGGAUAAGUAUGGGGCAAGAAGAAGAAAAACAGAAGAGGCUGAAAACUUUCCAUGGUUACCAGAUCACAAUGGAGACUUGUAAAGUGGCUGCUCCCGAUUGGACAUUUUUACACUGUUUACCCAGAAAGCCAGAAGAAGUUGAUGAUGAAGUAUUUUAUUCUCCACAAUCACUAGUUUUUCAAGAAGCUGAAAACAGGAAAUGGACAAUUAUGGCCGUCAUGGUUUCUCUACUGACAGAUUAUUCACCACAGCUGCAAAAGCCUACAUUCUGAUUCUUGGGUUUCUGCCAAGAGAAAACAUUCUUCACUAGGAAAAUAUUUUUUGCUUCAUGAACAUUGUCUGCCUGCCUGUUUCUCUCUCUCUUUCAAAAAUAUCAAAGAUGAAAACAAUGGUGAUUAUUGAUCAACACUGUGAAAGGUUCUCGCAUAUUUAUUCUCCUGGUUAAGUUUUUUUCGGGUCAGGAGUGACUAGAGAAACGUGUUACAGCCACAUUUCAUUUUCUCAUUUCCUUUUUUGUUUUAUAAUCUGCAUAUUGAUUAGUCUCCUUGAUAACUAUAGUGUAAUAAAAUAGUCAGAAAUGAAGGCAGUAGUGACAUUGCAGUAGUAAAACUGAUAUCAUAAAUGUACCCAGGAAAUGUGUAAAGUGGGAAUCACUGCAGUAUUCUCAAAAACUAUCAUAUUUUCCUGCUAGAGGAUAUGAUAUCUGUAUGUAAAUGUCUCUAUGUGUGUGUGAGAGAGAAAGAAUAAAAAUCAUUAUCUUCAGAAAGUAGGCUUUGAGUUGGAUAGUUAUACUUGAACUUUGUUCCCCUGCAGAGAAUAAAUUCUAGGAUCUGCUUAAUAAAUUCCCUGUUCAGACUAGAAAUGUUACAGGAACUUGAUCUUCACAAACUGUAUAUUGCUCUGAUUUGACUCUCUGAGAUAAAUGUAUGGGUUGGAACAUAAUUAUCACUGAGAUUUUGGACUUUGAAUUUCUAGAUGCUGUUCCUGGCCUUUAAAAUGUAUCAAAAUGUGGUUCAUGGGGUACAUAUAGAUAAAGUGUCUUUACAGAAUCCAUAUUUUUUUUUAAGUUCGGUGUAUGUGUAUGUGUAUGUGCGUGUGUGCAUUUUUAAAAUUUGAAAUUAAUGUGAAAAGGUCAAAAUGGACUUCAUUUAUUUAAUAUCUCUCCUUUUUUCUUAGAGCAAGAACUAAGGCAGCUUACCACGUGAAUUAAACAGAAUACAGCUGAAAUCCCAAUCAGUUACAAUAUUAAAGAAUACUUUAAUAUUACUUUUUAAAUUCUUUUAAAAUAAGCAACUGCAUCAAAACCAAGCAUUCAAUUAAAAAAAUUAAAAGUUUUUACAACCUAAGAAAAGGGGAAAUCAUACCCCAAAAACCCAAAAUUGUUCUUUGACUGUUCCCAAGCAUCCUAUUAGUGAUAAAAAAAAACCUGUCUAAAUAGACAAGUUUUUACAUUCCAAUAGAAGGACAGCAGAGAGAAACCAACUUGUCUUCCUGUGGAAAGGAGUCCCACAGUCUGGGAGCAGAUCUCAAGAAGGUCCUUGAAUAUAUACAAAACUGGCAUGGAUUAGACAUAGACUGAUAUUUCUAUCCCUAAUUGGGAUUGAUAGGUUUUCUCAAAGUAUAUGACAAAUGAAUUUACAGCUGGUCCCUCACAUUUGCAGUUCUGAUUUUGCAAAUUUGAUUAUUUGUAAAUUUGGUUAGCACAUUUUCUUUAAAACCUCUAGGCCCUCAGUACAACUCAAUGGUCACCUUCUGCCCAAAGUUGACCAUAGAGUCAUGCUGGCGGAGCUAGAGAUUUCUAGAUAGGUAUUCUCUCAGAUUAAAUAUAAUAGUGAUGUUAUUCAUUUUUUCCCACACUCACAGGGCUCCUGUGCUCUUAACCCAGGACAUGUGGAGGACUGACUGUAAUUUUAGUGGCAUCCUCAUAGCCUUGUUCCAACAGAUUGUAGCUUAAAAUGUUUUCUGAGAAGAAAUGGCUCGUGGUUUCUUACUCACAUACUCUUCCCUUUAAUUCCAUAAAUUGUGUUGAGUUUUGAUAUAAUCCUGUAUAUGGCUUUUAUCUUAGAUUCUUAAGUUAAUUAUCUUAAUGUCCUAACAAUGGUAUGCUUAUUUUAAAAUUUUAAAUCUCUUUACCCUUAACUCUGAUAUGCUUGUAUGGGACUAUGUCUCUCUUAUCUCAAAAUGAUCAUUGGCCGUAAUAAAGUGAACUUGAACUUGAACUACUCACAUACCAUCCUCACCCAUUUUGUUUUUUGUCCAUCGGUUAUAUUUAAUGCAAAAUCAGUUAUCUAUUAUUAGUUAUAUAACAAUGCUAACGAACAGACAUGGAAGUAAUUUUAUAAUUAAAACAUAAUUUAUCAUCUACAUCCAAUAUAAAGUAUUACAUGAAGUAGUAAAAA